UCUGACCCUUCAGCUAUGUGAUGUCGGCCCCAAGCCUCCUGAGACUGGGCACCCCAGAGAAGGUGUUUGUGGAGGCCCAGGACUACACUGGAGGAAACCUGGAGGUGAAGAUCUCGGUGAUGAACUUCCCAAAGAAGAACAAAGAGUUGACCACCGCAUCCGUCACUCUCACCAAAGCCAACAAUUACAUGCUGCUGGCAGACAUCACGAUUCCUGGCGGAAAAGAUAACUUUGAACAGGAUGACAGCCUGAACCAGUACGUCUACCUGCAAGCCCAGUUCCCAGGCCACCUGCUGGAGAGAGUGGUGCUGGUCUCCUUCCAGUCUGGAUACAUCUUUGUGCAGACAGACAAGACCAUAUAUACACCUUCAAGCACAGUCAUGUACAGAGUGUUCUCUCUGAGUCCAGCAAUGCAACCUGUAGAAAGCGGCAUUUCUGUGGAAAUCAUGACUCCAGAUGGAAUUACCCUCACCAAAGAUGUCUUUUUCCCAAACCGAGGGAUUAUGUCUGGAGAGCACAAGCUAUCUGAAGUUGUCAGCAUUGGAAUGUGGAAGGUGGUGACAAGAUUCCAAAGUGCACCACAAAGGAACUUCACAGCUGAGUUUGAGGUGAAAGAAUAUGUCCUGCCCAGCUUUGAGGUUUCUUUGACUACAGGAAAACCCUUCUUCUAUGUGGACGAUGAAGAAUUGACGGUUAAAAUUAUUGCCAGGUAUUUGUACAAAAAGGAUGUGACUGGGGUGGGGUUUGUGGCGUUUGGGGUGCUGACCAAGGAGAAUGAGAAGAGGAGUCUGGCCUCAUCGUUACAGAGAGUAGAGAUCUGUGAGGGAAAAGCUGAGGCACGCCUGAAGAAAGAGCACAUCACACAGACUUUCCCUGACAUUAACCAGAUAGUCGGCUCUUCCAUAUAUGUCUCUGUGGGCGUACUAACUGACACAGGCAGUGAAAUGGUGGAGGCGGAGAAACGAGGCAUACAGAUUGUCAAGUCUCCAUACACCGUUCACUUCAAGAAAAUGGCCAAGUACUUCAAACCUGGGUUGUCAUUUGAUGUAUCGGUGUUUGUGACCAACCCUGACGGCUCAGCGGCAGGUGGCGUGGAGGUGGAGGUGAAGAGCGGAGACCAGGCUGUGCGGGGCACGACUCGCCCCAAUGGCAUGGCCAGGGUCACCGUCAACACACAGGCCAGGAGCCGUCUGCUUCCCGUCACUGUGAUGACGAAAGACCGGCGAUUCCAAGAUGCUCAACAGGCCACAAAGAGUCUGACAGUUCCUUCUUAUGAAGCACCCAUGGGCUCUGACAACUACAUACACAUCAAUGUCGGUGCAGUGGAGUUGGCCAUUGGUGAUGACUUCAAGGUCACCUUCAACCUGGCUGGAAAGAGUAGCACCCUGCACCAAGAUUUAACCUACCUGAUUCUGAACAAAGGGCAGCUGGUGCGUGCUGAGAGGAUAAAGAGACAGGGCCAGACUGUAAUAUCCUUGUCCUUACCGGUGACCAAGGACAUGGUCCCCUCCUUCCGUAUCGUGGCGUACUACCAUGUGGGCUCAUCUGAGGUGGUGUCUGACUCAGUCUGGGUGGACGUGAAGGACACCUGCAUGGGAACGCUGAAAAUGGAGGGCUCUCGCGCUAGUAAAGUCUACUCCCCCCGUGAGCCCUUCAGUCUGAAGAUCACUGGAGACCCUGGGGCCAGAGUGGGUCUGGUGGCUGUGGAUAAAGGAGUCUACGUCCUCAACAACAAGCACAGACUCACCCAGAGCAAGAUUUGGGAUGUCGUCGAGAAGCAUGACACAGGUUGUACGUCCGGCAGCGGCCAUAACAGCAUGUGGGUGUUCUAUGACGCUGGCCUUGUCUUCCAAUCCAGCUUAGCUGGGGGCACCGCUGAACGCUCAGGUAUCACAUGCACCCGCCCUCCCCCUCCCAAAAAAAAGCAGGACAUCAUUAGGUUGUACCGAAGGCCGGUCAUGGUAAUGCGUAUGGAGAGGCCCAUGGUCCAUGCUGCACGAGUGGAGGCCUACGCUAAAACAGUGGAGGUGCCCAAAAUGGAGGCUGUGGAACUGGAGGAGCCCUCCCUUCCAGAUGCUGAGGAGGAGGAGGACGAUGAGCUGUACAUCGAGUCAGAGGAGAUCGUAUCUAGGUCCCAGUUCCCAGAGAGCUGGUUAUGGGAGGAGAACGACCUUCCUGAGUGCCCCGCAGACAACAAACACUGCACGACCACCUCCAUGAUGAAGACAAGUUUCAUGACAGACUCCAUCACCAGUUGGCAGGUCAUGUCGAUUGGCAUCUCAAAAACUCAUGGAAUAUGUGUCGCAGAACCCUAUGAAAUGGUGGUGAAAAAAGACUUCUUCGUCGACCUGAAGCUGCCCUACUCUGCUGUCCGUAACGAGCAGAUCGAAAUCAAAGCCAUCCUGUAUAACUACAUAAACAUGAAAAUGACGGUGCGCGUUGAGCUUAUGGAGACCAAUGACGUGUGUAGCGUGGCCACCAAGAAGGGCAAGUACCGCUCCGUCAUCAAGAUGGACCCCAUGACGUCACAAGCAGUUCCCUUUGUCAUCAUCCCCAUGAAGCUGGGCAAACACACCAUCGAGGUGAAGGCUGCCGUGCAGGACGAGAUCAUGACCGACGGUGUCAAGAAAGACCUGCUUGUGGUGGCUGAAGGAAUACGGUCAGAGAUGCAGGUGGCUAAAGUAAUACUAAACCCUUCCAAGCAUGGUGGAACUCAAGUAAAGGACAUCCUCAGCCAAAUGCCCCGCAAGCAGGUGCCAGGCACUCCUGCUCAUACGUACUUCACAGUCUCAGCCAAUCAGAUCAGCCAGACCAUUGAGAAGGCCAUCACUGGAGACGCCAUGGGCUCCCUCAUCGUGCAGCCCAGAGGCUGUGGAGAGCAGAACAUGAUCACCAUGACGCUUCCCCUCAUCGCCACCCACUACCUCGACACCACUGCCCAGUGGGAGAAUGUGGGGCUGGAGAAGAGAGACACAGCUGUCAAAUACAUCAACAUGGGUUACCAGCAAGAGUUGGCCUUCCGUAAAGCAGAUGGGGCAUUUGCCGUUUGGGCAGACAAACCAGGCAGCGCCUGGCUCACAGCAUUCGUGGCUAAGGUUUUUGCCAUGGCCAGUGACAUUAUCAGCGUUGAGGAGAAAGUGAUCUGUGACGCCCUCAAGUGGCUGGUGCUGAACUCCCAGCAGCCAGAUGGCACCUUCAAGGAGACCUUCAACGUGUACCAUGCAGAGAUGGUGGGUGACGUAAGAGGAAAUGAUGCAGAUGCUUCCAUGACGGCGUUUGUGCUGAUCGCCAUGCAGGAGGGCAGUAAGCAGUGCAGCAAGAGGGUCACUAGUCUUCCAGGCAGUAUAAAGAAAACCACUGAGUAUCUGGAAGGUCGACUCAAGACUCUCACUAAUCCCUAUGCUGUUGCUAUGGUUUCAUAUGCCCUUGCCAGCGUCGGCAAACUGAACCAGGAAGUCCUCUUCAAACAUGCUUUCGAAGAUCGCACUCACUGGCCUGUCAAGAGCAACCAUCUCUUCACUCUGGAGGCCACAGCCUAUGCCCUGCUGGCCCUGGUCAAGGCCAGGGAGUUUGAGAAGGCAGGGCCCAUCGUGAGCUGGCUGAACGAGCAACAGUUUUAUGGAGGAGGUUACGGAUCCACACAGUCCACCAUCAUGGUGUUCCAAGCUGUAGCGGAGUACAGCAGUCAGGUAAAGCAGCAGGAUAAGAACCUCAACGUGGAAAUCCAGGUGUCGGGACGGUCCAACCCCAUCAGGUGGACCAUAGACAACAGUAAUGCGUACGUGACACGCUCAGACAAGGUGGAUUUGAACCAGAACCUGACAGUCACUGCCACUGGUGCAGGCGAAGCAACAAUGUCUGUGAUGACUCUGUACUAUGCCAUGCCUGAGGAAGUCACUGCAGAGUGUAAAAAGUUUGAUUUAAAGGUGAAACUGGACAAGCAGGACAGUGUCACGUACCAGGGGGCCAAGGAAUCAUACAUGCUCACCAUUGAUGUCCUGUACUUGUCAGAAGAACGACACUCCACCAUGUCAAUCCUGGACAUCAGUAUACUGACUGGAUUUGUUGUGGAUGAAACUGACCUCACCAAAAUGUCCACGGGUGCAGACAGGUUCAUCCAGAGAUUUGAGAUGGACAAGAUGCUGUCUGAGAAGGGCUCCCUCAUUCUUUACCUGGAUCAGGUUUCUCGUACUACUCCAGGCACAGUAGCCUUCAGAAUCCACAAGGUGAUGGAGGUGGGUCUUUUACAGCCGGCUGCUGUUACUGUGUAUGAGUACCUUGACAUGGGCAAUCGCUGUGUGAAAUUCUACCACCCUGUGAAGAAUGCUGGAGAACUGAAUAGAAUCUGCCAGGAGGACCUGUGCCAGUGUGCUGAGGAGGGCUGCUGUGCAAAGAAGGCCGGGGAAAUCAAGGACACGGACAGAGGACAGUCGGCCUGUGGACAUGGCAUGGACUACGCUUACAAAGUCACAGUGGAGAAGAUGGACCUGACCCACCACACAGACGUCUACCACAUGAAGGUCAACCAGGUCAUCAAAGAGGGUUCUGACUUUGGUGUGGAGGGUCAAACGCGCGAGUUCAUUGCCCAUCCUAACUGCAGGACUAAGGUGGCGCUGCAGCAGGGGAAGACCUACCUGAUUAUGGGCCACAGGGAUGACGUGGUGAAUGCUGGGAGCAGCUUCAAGUACCUGCUUGGCCAUGCCACCUGGUUGGAAUACUGGCCAACCGAAGAAGAGGGACAAUCCCCAGACUAUGCAGACACGUUUGUUAGCAUCGCUAAUUUUGCAUAUGAGCUCAGCGCAACAGGAUGCACCAUGUGAAGAACUUCUUUCAGUUCAGUUUCACUGGCAAUACAUGUAUCACAUGUAACAUCACACGUAUCACACGUGUAGAUGUUACGUCUGUCUAUUGGUAUUACACGUAUCACACGUGUAGAUGUUAUAGCCUGCACAUCUGUCUAUUGGUAAUACACAGUUGGAGGAGAGAAAAACACAUUUCAAAAGCACACAGAAAUCUGCUUGUAGUGUGCAGGAAUUUGCCAUUCUUUUGUUCAAAACUCCUCAAUGUUGCUUUAAUCCCACUAGCAGAUUGUGUGGUGGGGACACAGUAUUUGUCCCAGUAUUUUUUCUUUUCAACAUUUGGAGCUUAAAUAAACAGAACUUGAAAAGUG